AUGGUCAAUAGUGCCACUGGCGCCACUGCGCCAAAGACGGCUCCUCCGGGUCACGGCGUCAAUUCUGAAUCCGCGCUCAGGUCUACCCCACUUGCAACUGGUUCUGCCGUUAUCAGCGACGCCGUCAAUACUGUAGGCGUUAAGGUUGAUAAUGUCCGCCCAUGGAUCACUCGGGAUGUCGACAACUACAAGGAAUGCGAUGCAGAUGGAAUGCUGCAGGAACUUCUUUGUGGCUUCGAACAGCGCUCUAGCAGUGAGAAGUCGAAGUUACUUCAAGAUUCCCUUGAAGCCGUGCUGGACAUCUGUAACAACACUCCAGAAAUCACAGAUAACUUGACUGCUUUUGCCGAUUGCACUGUAGAGCCAGAGUUUUACGAGCAUUUUGUGCGUGCGGCCAACACUGCACUCCUCGAACUGAGCAAUGUGGAGGUGUCCGGACUACGUGCUUCUCCGCAUAACGACGACACCGAUAUCCUCUUUCAUCAUAACGACAAGAAUAUAACACAAAUGCACCAAGGCGUAUGGUCGACAUGCAAGCCUGAGGUCGUUCUUGUCUCUUGGGAAACGGCGAAGGAUGCGACGAUCAAUCGAAAGAGCAAGCGUGGCAAGGGUAAGAGUAAGAGAAAGGGUAAGGGUAGUAGGGCCGAGGUGAAGAAUAAGGGUAAGGGUAAAGAGGGGAAUCUGGACGAAAAGGCUAGGGCGAAGAAGGCGUUCUACACGAAGGAGGCGGCACACAAACCUGUCGGCCACUUCGAGUGGACGGGUGUUCGAUCAACAGUGGAAUUCAAAUGCCCUCGCUGUCGCCUGGCCCCUCCCCCCAAAAAAUAUGAAGUGACGAAAUAUACCGCCCCUGUGACGAAGUAUCUGGACUCUCGGAAGAAAACGAAAGCCCCUGCUAAUGCAACGAGUUCGGCUCCUGCGAACAUGACAUCGAAUGAAGCCCGAGCUCCGCGUAGGUCCGAGCGACUGAAAGCAAAAGCAGCAAAAAACAAACGUAAACCUGAGGAUAGAAUCUCCAGCGAAGACGUCAAGCGCCUCAAGACAUCCCACGAGAGCGACUACACAUCCAACGAGAGGGACUACGUAUCUAGCGACGACACAUCCGGCGAGCCCGACGAGUCAUCCAGCGAGCCCGACGAGUCAUCCAACGAGAACGACUACGCAUCCCGCAAGCACGACACAUCCAUCGAGAACGACAAGAACAACAACACAGAGCAGGAGCCAAAAAAGAUUCAUCCUAACGUCCAGAAUGGUGUGUAUGCCGCAGAGAUAUCUGCCGCCAACAUUGCACUGCAGCACAUCAUUUCCUAUGUGGUGAUGAACGACAUCAUCUACAUCUGGUAUUUUGAUCGCGAGAACGCCAUUCAAUCCGCCGGCUUCAAUUUCAUCCAAGAUCUUCCUCGCUUUCUGGUCUUGCUGCUUUCUAUGCAGCGCAUGACACCCAAACAAUGGGGCCAUAAUUCGCACUUCACCACUGUGCCUGGAGUUUCGUGCGACAUUCUUGUCGGCGAAGUUGAUCUCAAACUUGACUUGCAGUCCAACGCUUGCACUACUCACUUCGGUCUACGCGGCCGCACAACCAAUGUCUUUCCAGUGAAAAGCAAGUAUCUAUCGAAGACGAGGAAGACUAGGGAUAUUUGUGGUAAUCGUACCAAGAAACUGGUUGCCAAGCUCUAUUGGCCAGAAGAGCGGCGCCAGAGCGAGGAUGAGAUACUGCAGAAGGUGUAUGCCAUUGCGAGCAAGGAGUCAACAGUGAAGAACCACAUUCCAGACCUGGUCUGGUCCCACAGGUUUGACGAGACGUCAACGGUGAACAUCAGGAAGGCACUAGGGAUUGAAGACCCUCCCGGUCAAGAAGGCAGUCGCGUCUUGUAUAUCAUCGUGCUCAGGAAGCUUCGUCCAAUCACGAAGCUGAGCGAUAACAAGUUCCUCGGCGCAUGGUGGCAAGCCGCACUCUGUCAUUAUACCCUCUGGAAGCACGGUAUCCAUCACCGCGACGUCAGUCCGAACAAUCUCAUGGUGUACCGGUUAAAUGGCAAAUGGGUGGCGGUUCUCAAUGACUACGACUUGUCAUCAAUUUCCGACGGGCCUAGCGGCAACGAGCGCAUAGGAACAGUGCCAUUUAUGGCAAUUGAACUGCUCCGGGAAGAUGCUCUCGCAGGCAAAGUCAAACACUUGUACCAGCACGACGCUGAAUCGUUCAUAUGGGUCCUCGUCUGGGUCUGUCUUCGGUAUAAGGGUGGCGAACUCUUGCCCUCGGGCGAGGGCAGACUACUCGACGACUGGCUCACAGUGGAUGCGGUUAGAUGCAGGGAGAAAAAGUCUGACUUUAAGGGGAUAUUUCAGCACAAGAAGGAUGAUGGCAAGUAUGGUAUCACAGCCUCGUCGUCGCACCAAGAUAAUUGGAAGAUCGCGAUACUCUGCCUUCACACUCUCACUCUCCAACGGCCCAGUGUGCUAGACGAUAGAUCUAUAUUCCAGACAUGGCUCCUGGUGCACGUAGAGUCUGUCGUUCCACGCGUUAUGGCCUGCACACAUGAUCUUGUAGAUAUCUCAAUGGCACGCAGAAUGCAAAGUAGCAAUCUUAUAGAGUUUACUCUUUAG